AUGGAGAAGCUGGAUAACACGUCGAUGGAGCCCGGACAGAACCCGGACGACUACUUCAACCACAAGCACCUCCUUCGACACAAGGUCGAGAAGAUGGGGGAGAAAAUCUCGGACCGCUACUUCAAGGACAUGUGCGUCACAGGAUUCACCCACGAGUAUAAGAACGUGAAGAUGAUUAUGCACCGCGACCCAAACUUCAACGUCAACCACAUGCAGACCACCAUGCAUCACAUGGCUUUGGACGAGCAGUCCCGCAAAGGGUCCAAGGGCGGCAUCGCCGGCCGCGGCUUCCCCAUGGUCACAACCGCAUCCGAGCAAGAGACCUGUUUCGGCUGCGGAGAGAAGGGACACAUCCGCAGGAACUGCCUCCAAAGGAGAGGGAAGGGGAGACAGAGGAAGACCAAACCCGCGGGAGCGACCAAGUGGUGCUGCUUUCACUUCACUACCAAAAACUCCGACGAAGAAUGCUACGGGCAAGGAGCGAAGCGGCCGAUCACCGAUCAAAUCUCCACGGACAAGGCGUUCUCUGCCUGCGCGCACUGUGCACACUUCUCUUCAACUAGCGACAGGAAGGAACUAACCACUGCGAAGGAGGCAAGCAGCACGAAAGCCGCUAUUGAUUCAAGCACGGACGGCGACGAGUCAGACGAAGGGUUCAUGUACGCCACCACUCGCACAGGAAUGGAAGUCGAGGCCAAUGCUGAGGGAGUCACUCUCCUCGUCGAGAUCGGAGCAACGGAGACCAUGCGCGACGACCGUCUCAUCCCACACUUGAAGGAUAAUGUGGGAGUACAAAGAACUCGCGAAGCCGAAGGCGAUCACGGUUGCCGGUGA